AUGAAUUUCGGUACGGAAAAUGAAGAUAUGGAAUUGGGAGAGAUGGUGUUGGAUUCAGAUAUUCCUAUUCCUUCUAUCGAGCUUGAUGCGGAUGACUUCAUGGACAAAGAGGUAUCAGGGGGACGUUUAGUUGAGCUUCAGAACGGGAAGGAUGAGAGACAUAUUGUCGAGGAAGAAAGCAGUGAUAUCUUAGAAGCAAGAGCCAGAGAUAGCCACGGAACUAGAUGCCAAGACAAAAUGAAGCUGGGCAGAAAUCACCACCAACAUCUGCUUACGACGUCAAGAAGUCAAAUUUGCUUGAGAGAGGCUGUGCCCUCCACAUAA